AUGUUUCUGGCCCAGCAAAUCGUCCUUGCGUUCUCGCUACUAAGUUCAAUCAAUGCCGCUCGACACAAGAGAAGCUGCAAGGUCAGCUCGAGUAUCGAACCUUCAAGUACCAUUGACCCGAAUGGCUUGUUCGCCUCUUCGCUCGAUGAUGCUACGAGCUUGAACAGACUAGCGGCGGUACAGAGUAUUGCCGUAACAUCGGCCAUGAGUGGGUCAUCAACUACGAUCGCCACCUCAACGACUACCACUGCUUCAUCAAGUAACACUGCAUCCAACGAAGCAAGAGCAGCUGGAAAGGCAGGUAUAGGAUGGCCAGCUCAAGAGAAAGAUGCUGCUCCUGUAUCUCAAUUCUUCAGUCCAAAUUCUACGGUCUCUUGGUGGUUUGAUUGGAACAAGAACUGGAAUCAAGGUGUUUUGACUUCUGAUGGAGUGCAGGUAGAAGGAGAAUUUAUCCCUAUGAUAUUCGGUGCGAAUUAUUUGAACAAUUCCGAUACUUUUCAAGAGGGAUUUACGGAGGUAAUGGGCUACAAUGAGCCCGACCAUAAGUCUGAUACUGUUUCCCAGUAUAUGGAGCCAAGUGAAGCUGCUGAAGUUUGGAAGACCCAAAUCGUUCAAAUCCACCAACAAUAUCCCAACGUAAAAAUUCAUUCUCCCGUUAUGGCUUCUAAUAGACAAUGGCUCAUAGAUUGGUUCGACGCUAUCUGUCCUGAUAAUUCAGCUUCAGAUGGAUGGGGUGAUUGCGAGUAUAAACCAGAUUACGUAUCUGCUCAUAUGUACAAUACGAAUGUGGAAUACUUUAAAAAUACCCUUACUAGUUUUCAGAAAGAUUUCGGAUUACCUUUGAUCCUCUCUGAAUUCGCAUGUCAUGAGUUCUCGGAUAACCCACCUCAACCUUCCACGAAUCAAGUUAGCGCAUUCAUGCAAGAGACGAUGGAAUGGCUAGAUCAACAAGAAUGGGUUGUCAAAUAUGCUUGGUUCGGAGUUGCUAGAGAUCUUCAAUGGUUGUUUGGAGUUUACGAAACGAAUAGAUUGAUGGAUACAGCAGGGACUUUGACUUCUUUAGGCAGACAAUAUAUGAAUGGUGGAAAGAAGGCUUGA